AUGGCCGCGUACGGAGCGGCGCUGCCGUGCUACGCAGGCGUAGUGGUCCGCACGUGGGAUGAAGGCGCAAGCGGAGUGCGCCGUGGACCAGAUGGUUAUAGCACGGGUGGUGUUGUGUUAAGAGUUGAGUGGUUGCAGGCGGCGCAUUCUGACAAGGAGCCCCACAAAAACAAGGUUCGCACCGGCUCGUGGAGUCGCACCACUUCCAUCCUGGCCCACGGCCACGGGACAUGGGAUGCGCGCCGGGUGAUCGAGCGCCUGGUCGUGGGAGCCCGAGGAGGAACAUUUAGAUUUCAUAGUACGGGUUGCCCAAGCAGCAUCGGCCCACAAUCUUCACGCAGCAGGGGAGUCAGGGCCAACGGCACAGCCGGAGACAGUGUGAAACAGGGUGACUUUGCGGCUCUAAUGGCGCGCAGUCUUGGUCUUGCUGUUGCUGCUGCCUCCCGCACAUGCAGAAGUGCAAAGGUAGCUCGGUCGGGAAACGAAGCCCAACACCAAUGCCCAGCCCCGUCGUCAAUCGCUGAUGGCUACCCCGAGUCAUGUCCUGUGGGUGUUGGCGUUGUCACAAAUUGCCCCUCGCCCGACUGA